AUGGACAUAGAUGUACGCGAUGAAGAUGUUCAUGAGAUGAAACCUUUGGAUUCUAAUAAGAGCUGGCAAUUGUUUUUGAAAACAAUAAACCAUGGCAACAAAUUGACGGGUGAGCACAGGUUCCCAAUGAACUUGCAGCAUAUGGGAAAGCAAAUGCUGAGAAAAUGUGGUGGUCUGCCAUUAGCUAUAAAAGAGGUGGGAAAGCAGUUAGCGGAAAGGAAAGUCUCGGGGGAGAGUGAAUGGGAACAACUUCUUGAAUCAGUUGAUUUUGGUUCAACAUUGAAGUUGUUGGAACCGAUUUAUCAAAAAUUGGCUCCCAAACUAGAGCCAUGUUUCAUGUAUAUGUCCUUCUUUAAGGAAAAUACAACUUUGAGGGCAGAAAAGUUGAGAGAGAUUUGGCAUGCAGGAGGAGUGGUUUCAAGAUCUAACUAUGAAUCAUAUAUAAAUGGUUUAAUCGAUGAAUCUUUCAUCAAUGUCGGGGACAAGGGCACUGAGUAUCGCAUGAAUCCCCUGCUACACAUGCUAUCCAUCCAAAAGGCAGAGGAGAAGCUUGGUUUUGAGAUCCUAAGGAACAAUGGGAAUAAUCAACCCUCUGAGAGUCCUCAUCAUCACCGUGUUAUCAUUUGUAGCAGAGAUAAGUUCAACUACUCCACGGAUCAAGAUAAACAUCUUGUGUCUCUCUUCUUCCAUGGAGGUGGCUACUUGGACACUAAUUUUGGGUUGAAGAUUUUACUGGAGACUAUCGAGAAAUUGAUGGAAUUAAGAUUCUUGGGGUUUAGAAAUAAUUACAUAAAAGAGUUGUCACAGUCGUUGGGGUGCUUGAAAAAGGUUGAGGUUCUUGACAUAGCUCAGAACUUUAUGGUUGAGGUGCCAGAUAUUAUAUGGGAAAUGUGUAGCCUUCGCCACAUCUACAUGUCUGAUGUGAUUUGCCGAAAGCCUUUGAAGAUAGACGCGCUACAGUUUCUAGAGACCUUAACCUAUGUCUCGAUUGAUAAUUGGACAUAUGAGCUCUCUAGCUUAAAAAUGUUGACUAUGCUUGGGAAAUUGGGCAUAGAAGGAUUGGAUGGAAACUCAGAUGUAAGCAAGCUCUUUGCAUCAUUAGCUCAUAUGAGGAGCCUCGAGCACCUAAUCUUAAGAGGGUAUCGUUUCAUAAGCAUGCCUUGUUUGGAUGAGCUUCAUAUUCUACAAAGUCUCAAAACACUCAAAUUGGAUGGACUUCUUACCAGGUUACCAAAUGAACUCCCUCCAAAUAUAGAAUCAUUGACGUUGGUUAAUAGCUGUCUUGAUGAAGACCCCAUGCCACUACUAGAGAAGCUACCCGAGCUAAAAUACCUGAAAUUGCGGAAUGCAUACACUGGUCGACAAAUGGUGAUCUUGCCCAAAGGCUUCCCUGGUCUCACAGUCCUGUGCAUCGAAGAGUUAUGGAAUUUGAGAAAUGUACAAUGUGGAGAAGGUGCAAUCUUUCGGCUCGAGAAAUUAGAAAUCCAUGAUUGUCCAUAUCUGGAUACCCUCCCGAAUUCGUUGUUUCUAUGUCUGAAGAAGUUAAAUAUGGUGACAACCAAAAGCAUUGCAGCUAAGAUCAAGAAUUCAGACUUAAUCUCCAAAAUAGGGAUGGUGAAUAUCAAUCCAUGA